GAAUGGGAAGAACACUUCCGGGAAAAAGAGAAACUUACUUUUCAAAGCCAGAGAGCUUGUGACUGUGGGCUGUUUGGAUUUUUUUACUCUUCUUUUUAAGGGCAAUAUGACUGCGGUGAAACUGUCGAAAGGGCAUAUCUCGCUGGAUUCCGGUGGUGCACCACUAUUUUAUAGACAAGCUGAGCCCACCGACGGAAAAGCAAAACUGUCAGUCCUGCUGCUGCACGGAAUCCGGUUCUCAUCCGAGAAUUGGCUCACCAUUGGCACUCUGGAGAUACUUGCCAAUGCCGGCUGCCGUGUCGUCGGUAUUGACCUCCCAGGGCUGGGCAAUUCCAAGGCAGCCGUGGCCCCUGCUGCUGUUGGGGAAUUGGCCCCAGGGGACUUCUUGAAGCAGGUGUUGGAGGCACUCCAGCUGGGCCCAGCUGUAGUGGUCAGCCCCUCACUGAGUGGCAUGUACUCUCUGCCCUUCCUCUUUCAGAACAGCUCUCUGGUCAGGGCCUACAUCCCUGUGGCGCCCAUAUGCACUGAGAAGUUCACUCCAGAGCAAUACAGCAGUAUUCAGACCCCUACAUUGAUUGUCUAUGGAGACCAGGACACACAAUUGGGAGAGGUGUCAUUGAACAACCUGAAGAAUCUGGCCAAUAACAAAGUAGUGGUGAUGAAAGGGGCUGGCCACCCCUGUUACCUUGACAACCCUGCAGAGUGGCACAAGGCAGUGCUUGAGUUCUUGCAGACCUUGUGAUGAUGCUAAGACAAUCAACAGGAUACUAGAUUCAUAAAAUUUAUGAGCUAUCACUUUGAUUAUUUUAACCUGAAAUUUCAGCUUAUGCAUCAUAUAAUUGUAAUAAUACAAGCAUUUGUGAAUAUUUAAAAGCGGUGACAUUUGGUUGCUUCUCACAUUUCUACUUCAUAGCAUCACUUUUCUAAAAAUAGCUAUAUAUCAGUGUCCUUGAGGAAAUUAGCGAAUAACAAGUACAAAAUAUUUUGUAUGAUUAUUUACAUUUGCUUUUGUGUAUUAUGAUUUAUGAUGCUAUGGGGCUUUGGGUGGUUCUUAUAUUAAGUGCAUUUGUCGAUUUGUAUUACACACUAACAUGUACACACUGUGUUCUAAACAGGACUGUAUUGGUUAAUCUGAAUAAUAUUGAUUAUUACAACUGAUGGAUUCAUUUUCAAUGAUUCUAAUGAAUUACACAGUAAGCAAGAAGAAGAAAUCUCAGGCAUGUUUGCCCAUUGGCAUAGUUUUUAUUCAGCAUUAAAGACUAUUUUGUGUUUGUUUGCUUUGCCGUGUAUGAAAAGGUCCUCCUCUGACUCUGCUCUGUGUGAGAUGAGCUGUAGUCUGCAGUGUGACAUGAAGUAGCUGGUGGCACCACGCCUCAGAGAAGCGUGAAUGUCUACACUUUCCUGAAUGGGCAGUGGAGUUUGUGCUUGUACUCGGCUUUGGUUGUGGAAAUCGGAGAGAGAAUUGUAUUUGCUCGGCCCCACAUUGGGUGCCAAAAUGAUAUAAUAAAUAAGUAUAAUGAAUCUUGUUGACCCUUUCUGCUGGCUUCAAUCUAUGAUUUGAGCCCUUCAGGAUACUGCAAUCAGGAAUAUAGGAGCAGCUGACGUGUUCUAUAAUAACUAGGUAAAAUCAUUUUGUGAUAUUACAGAAUUUACUAUACAUUUCUAGACUUCACACUUAAUAAUGCCUGCAAGUCUGCUGAUAACAUAGCACAGGUGAAUAAAAACAGCCAAACACUGAACUGAAGUGAAAAAUAUGAACAUUAUUUAAUAACUGAUUCUCUGUAAUAAACAAUUUGAAAAUA